AUGGCCGCCAAAACACGAAACGGCCACGACGAGGACGACGACGAGUCAGACCCGUACAAAACUUUGGGCAUUUAUGGCGACGAAGAAUUGUGCCUCUCGAUCACUCGCGCGGAGAUUAAGAAAGUCUUCCGCAAAUUGGCGUUGAAGUUGCACCCGGACAAGAGGCCUUCGCAGGAACGCGAGCGAGCGGCGAGUGAAUUCGAACGGGCGAGAAAAGCGUGCGACGUGUUAUCGAACGACGAGGAGAGGCAAAAAGUGGACGAGAAGUUACGCGCGAAACGUGUAAGGAAACGAGAGUUGGAGAGAGAAAGCCACCGGAGGAAACAGUUGAGGGAAAAACUGGAAGCGAGAGAACGAGAGGGAGAGAAAAACAGAGACGACGAGGAGGCGCGAGAGCGGAAGAAGAGAAAGUUAGCGAAAGAGUUGGAGGUUUUGAGAGGGAAAUACGAGGAAGGUGUGAGCGAGGAAAAGAAGCGUGCGAGGACGAACGACGCCCCGGCGAGGGCGGCGGAGGCGGAGGCGCUGGACUUGCGUCGCGCGUUGAAGGCGGCGUGGCGGAAGCCGCAGAAUCCAGCGAAAGAGAAAGACCACGACGCACCGAGUUUGUUUCGAGCGUUCGAGAAGUAUAACGCGGUGGAUGUCAUAUUUCGAGAGAUUGCUGACGCAAAGAAACGGAAGAAGAAAGGGAGCGCGUUUGUGAUUUGUAAGACGAGAGAGGACGCGGUUCGCGCGAGCGAGGAGAAAGACGGGAUCGAGUGCGACGGCGGGAGGCCGCAGGUGUUUGUGACGUUGGCAAAGACGCGAGCGUUGGAAGAGGCUGAUGCGAUGCAACGGAAAGAGGAAGACUUCGAGAAGGCGAAAGAAAAGAAAGCACCACCACCGCUACCACCAAAAACGGAAGAUUUUGAAAAGGACGUCUUGGCGCGGAUGCGAAAAAUCGCGGAAGAGCGAAAGAAAGCGGCUGCCGCUGCUGCCGAAUAA